CCCACCUUUCAUUCCUGCGCGCGGCUGGGCCGGCCGGGCCGGAUGAGUCACGGCUGCCUCGCCUGCCUCGCCCGGCGCUGCGGCUCCCAUAGGUGAGGACGGGGCGAGCAGGGCGCUGCGCCUCCGCACUGGCCGUGGCGGGGUGCUGGAGCCCCGCACCUGCCGGGUCUGGUCUCCGGGGCCAGGGCUGCGUUUCCCUCAUGUAUGGCCGGAGCCUUCCACACGCGCUGCUGCUGCUCGCCUCGCAGCUCCCAGCUCUCUGGCCCAUAGCAGCAGCUGUGGAAAUUUACACCUCUGGGGCGCUGGAGGCUGUUAAUGGGACAGACGUUCGGCUAAAAUGCACUUUUUCCAGCUUUGCCCCUGUGGGCGAUGCGCUAACAGUGACUUGGAAUUUCCGUCCUCAAGAUGGGGGCCCUGAACAGUUCGUAUUCUACUACCACGUGGAUCCCUUCAAACCCAUGAGUGGGCGGUUCAAAGACCGAGUGGGCUGGGAUGGGAACCUUGACCGCUAUGAUGUCUCCAUUAUGCUAUGGAAGCUGCAGUUUGAUGACAAUGGGACAUACACCUGUCAGGUGAAAAACCCACCCGAUGUGGAUGGGCUGAUAGGGGCGAUCCGGCUCAGCGUUGUGCAAACUGUGCAGUUCUCUGAGAUCUACUUCUUGGCUCUGGCCAUUGGCUCUGCCUGUGCCUUGAUGGUCAUCAUCGUAGUCGUGGUGGUCAUCGUCCAGCAUUUCCGGAAGAAGCGCUGGGCUGAAAGAGCUCACAGAGUGGUGGAGAUAAAACCCCAUCUAGUGGACAUGAAGAGAAGUGAAGAGGAAAAGCUCAAUGAAGAAAAAAAGAUUUCUGUUUCUGUGGAAGACAUAGACUGACCUCGCUAGAUGGUAGCUGAAGAUUUCCAAGACCAAGAACUACAGUAUUUCUUGAGGUUCAUGGAAACCAUUCUUUGGUGUUUCCAGUUGUGAUCUGUCUUCCACAAAUUCUGCAGCACAUACCCACCAAGACAAACAACGGCUCUCUGCAGGCAGCCUAGUGCUCUUGAGCAGAUGCCAGCAGACCCACACACAGUCUCAUUAUUAAGGUUUUUAUUUAAUUUCAUACUACAAAUAUUUUUCAAAGCCUCAUUAGUUUUUAUAAACUAAGAGGCUACAUUUUUCCCUUAUACACUCCCUAUAGAGUAAGACUUGUAUAGACACAUAUUGGUGACAAAGUGGACAAAGGCCAGUUUGUCUGUCUUGACAUUUCCCUUGACACAUUCAUUCUUUUAGAGCAUCACUCUUGCUACUAAAGGUAACGUUUACUUUCUCUCCUCACACUUCCAUUGUCUCAGUUACUCUUCUCUCCUUGCUGGGACAAAAUACCUGACACCCAAAAUGAAAGAAGGAAAGGUUUAUU